AAUAAACAUCGAUUUUUGGUUCAGCUCUAACUCAACUUGCUGCUGCAAACGCGUUUUUUUUUGUUGUAAAAAUCUAAAAUACAAGAAUUAGAAUUAGUUAACUUGCUCCUAGUGUUUAACCAAACCAAGUUUAGUUAGCUUUACGGUUAGUUUCCCGUGGCGAAGGCGGCUGGAAAUAGAGUAGUAGCAAUUGCAAAUAAUUACCAUUACCUCUCGGCCGCAAAGCAAAAAAAAAGAGAAGAGAACAAGAGGCGUGUGAGCGUGACGACGAGAGCGAGCGAGAGAGCAGAACCAAAUCGAACAGGACGGCACAGGAUCGAAUCGAAAGUAAACUAUCGGCAGGGAAAAGAAAAAAUUGAAGAGGCUUCGAAGUCGAACACUAAAAUCCAAUUCCAAAUCCGACUGGCUGGGGAGCAAAUGUCAAAUUGCGGCGCAUAAAUACAUAAAUUGAAGCCCCCGCACAAGUCAGGCUCAUCCAAAAUUAAACACACACAAAGGCAGCAGUUGUCGCAACAGGAAAAAAGGAUUCGACACGAUGUACGCCGGAGCAUAUGCACCCAACGCCGGCGGCGUUCAGCAGCACACGGGCGGCGGUUACUAUGGUAAUGGUGCCGCCGCAGGAGCUGGCGGCGGUGGUAAUGGUGCCCCACGCCACGAGCGUCCCUUCUAUCCGCGCAACAAUUUCGCCGGCGCCGCCGGAGGAGCGGCCAUCAACGGAGCAGCCGGUGCCGCUGGGAGCAUGCACUUUGGCCAGCCGUACGGCGUGAUGGCCUACGGCAUCCAGAAUGGCCUGGGCAUGGGCGCCGCCGGUGCCGGUGGCGGUAAUCCGUAUCGCCAGCAAAACGGAGUGGCCUUCGCCGGCAAUGGCCUUGGCGGAGGUGGCGGAGCGGGCACCGGUGGAGCUGGCGGCAACGGCGGCGGGUAUGGCGGACCACGUGGCAAGAAUCCCAACUACGCACAACGCUACCAAAAGCCGCACAACGGCGGCGGAGGAGGCGGUGGCUACCAGAGCAAUAACUACAAUGCCGCCGCCUUGGGCAUGUUGUCCAAGGAGGAGCGCGCCGAGAUUCAACGCGAAAAGGCCAAAAAUCCCGGCCGCAAUCUGGUCAAGCCCAAGUGGGAGAACCUGGAGCCAUUCCACAAGGACUUCUACCAAAUCCAUCCGAAUACGCUGGCCAAGACCGAGCAGCAGGUGGCUGAUAUACGCCGGGAAUUGGAGAUAACCGUGUCGGGCAACGAACUGCCCCAUCCGGUGGUCAGUUUCGAGGAGAGCUCGCUGCCCGCCCACGUCAUCGAGGAGAUGAAGCGGCAGGGAUUCACCAAGCCCACAGCCAUCCAGUCGCAGGGCUGGCCCAUAGCCCUGAGCGGGCGCGAUUUGGUGGGCAUUGCCCAGACCGGCUCCGGCAAGACGCUGGCCUACAUGCUGCCGGCCAUUGUGCACAUUGGCAACCAGCCGCCCAUACUGCGCGGCGAGGGACCCAUUGCCCUGGUGCUGGCCCCAACCCGGGAGCUGGCCCAGCAGAUCCAGUCGGUCGUGCGGGACUAUGGCCACCUGUGCAAGCCCGAGAUCCGUCACACUUGCAUCUUUGGCGGCUCGUCAAAGGUGCCGCAGGCACGCGAUCUGGACCGCGGCGUGGAGGUGAUCAUCGCCACACCGGGACGCCUGAUUGACUUCCUCGAGAAUCGCAACACGAAUUUGCAGCGAUGCACCUACCUGGUGCUGGACGAGGCCGAUCGCAUGCUGGACAUGGGCUUCGAGCCGCAGAUCCGCAAGAUCAUCGAACAGAUUCGUCCCGACCGCCAGGUGGUCAUGUGGUCCGCCACCUGGCCCAAGGAGGUGCAGGCCCUUGCCGGCGACUUCCUUAACGAUUACAUCCAAAUUAACAUUGGCUCGAUGAACCUGUCGGCCAACCACAACAUCCGCCAGAUCGUCGAGAUCUGCACCGAGAUGGAGAAGCCGCAGCGCAUGGUGCGCCUGCUCAAGGAGAUCACUCCCACCAACAACUCGGCCAACAACGGCAACAAGAUCAUAAUCUUUGUGGAAACCAAAAUUAAGGUGGAAGACAUUUUGCAGAUCAUACGUACCGAGGGCUACACCGCCACCUCAAUUCACGGGGACAAGACCCAGAACGAGCGUGAUGCGGUGCUGAAGGACUUCCGCAAUGGCAGGUCCAACAUUCUGAUCGCCACCGAUGUGGCCUCGCGCGGCCUCGACGUGGAGGAUCUGCAGUACGUUAUCAACUAUGAUUACCCGAACUCCUCGGAGAACUAUGUGCACCGGAUCGGACGCACUGGACGCUGCCAGCAGCUGGGCACUGCCUACACCUUCUUCACGCCCGACAAUGCCAAGCAGGCGCGUGAGCUGAUCUCGGUGCUGGAGGAGGCCGGCCAGACGCCCUCGCAGGCGCUCCUGGAUCUGGCUCGCUCGAUGCCCAGUUCGGGCGGCUAUCGCGGCAACAAGCGAUGGAACAACAACGCAGGCGGAGAUCGCAGCAGUGGCGGUCACAACGGCGUCUAUCAGCAGCGCAACAGCAAUCCGCUCAACUACCAAGCGGGCAACAGCUAUAACAACAAUCGUGGCGGACCGCCAACUGGCGGUGGCUACCAGCAGUAUGCCGCUGGCGGCAGUAGCUAUCAGCAGAAUGGAGUCGGCGCUGGUGGCGGCGGCGGGGGCAACUGGAACCGCAUGAAUCAAAUGGGUGGACAGGAUGGUGGCCAGCAGCAGCAGCGAAACGGAAACACCUAUCGCCCGCGGGCCCCGUUCAACAAUGGCGGCCCACGUGCCAUAAUGGGACACCAGGGUGGCGGCGGCGGAGCAGGUGGCGUGGGCGGAGCAACCGGCGUAGGCGGUGGCCCCCAGCCGCAUAUGGCGCCGCAGCAGGGCGGCCAGUACAUGCCGCAGGCAUACCGCGGCCGUGGACAGUUUGUGCCGCAGGGAGCCGGAGCCGGUGGCAUGCCGCCACGCUUCCAGCAGUAUCCGAAGCGGGAGUACCAGCAGCAGGGAGUGCCCCACUACGGCCAGCAGGCGGUGCAGCAUCAGCAACAACAGCAGCAGCAGCAGCAACCUGGCCAGCAGCCCAAGGCGCCCAAGGAUGAUGGCAAUAAAUAUGCCCCACCGCCGCCACCGGCUGCGGUGACCACAUCGCUGGUGCAUUACACGCCGGCCAAUUCGCCACCGAUAGCGGCCGUAGCUGCUGCUGCUGCAGCAGCUGCCGGACGGGCAGCAGCCGUGGCGCCGGCUCCCGGAGCCGCCUACAUGUACGAUGCGGCCGGGGUGUUGACCACGGCCGCGGCGCCGGGAACCAAUCCGUAUGCCAAUCAGUUCAGCAUGCCGGCCACCUACUAUGCCGCCCAGCAUCACCAGUUUGCCCCAGCUGUGGCUGGACCCGGACCAGGACCUGGACAGGCCAUCGAGCAGGCAGGACAUCAAUAAGAGGCAGGAUAGAGGACAGUGGAUCGUGGACAGCUAAAACAACAGCAGCUUCAGCAACAACAACACCAACGACAUGGACAAACAAACAUCAAUUCAUGACGACAGUCAUGAAAUCCAAAUGCAUAUGAGAAAUGAUAGUAAGAAAGAAAGGAUAUAAAAUUUGCCAGUAUAUAGGAGCACAGUAACUCCCUAAAUUCAAAGACAAAAAGUUGCUUAUUUGUUCGUAUUUUUAUUUUCGCUCCACUAACUAUUACUAGUAUUUUUUGUGUUCUCCUUCGCUUAUCCAAGCAUUCGCAGCUUGUGUUUGCGAUACAAUUUGACCUCCAAAACACAAACUUUUUCAUUUGUUACUAUUGUUCUUUGGGCAAGCAGCCGCAAACAUCAAAAACCAGGGCCAUAGCAUGGAUCAUCGCCCCAAAA